CAGUGCUGUCAGUGAACUUCUCCUGUAAUUCCGCGUCUGUUUGACCUGCUCCGAGCCCUGGAUGUCAUAUUUUUGCAUGAGUAGCUCGCAAACUGCUCCAUUUGUGAAUCUCUCCCUCUCUCUUUCUCUUUCUCCCUGGAGGUGGGGGCAGAGAGGUAUUAGCUGUGCGCCGCAGACAUCAUUAGGAGGGGAGACGCUUUCCACCGUCAGCGCCGGAGCGGAGCGGAGCAGAGCAGGGGAGCCCUGGCAACAAGAAGACACACAAACUCAGCAGCCCGUUACACCCCACAGGAAUGUUGGCUGUAGCUGCGGACAGACAAAACUGAAAGGACACUGAGACAUCUGAGACGCUUCUCCUCCACUCCUGGAAAGACUCAGUCCUCACAUCAGUCAACGUAAAGCUCUGGACGAUUGUCAGCUCCCAGCUGAGCAGGACGCUCCACCUUCUCCGCCCACGUAGCUCUGACUCCUCUGCUCAGGGAGUGCUGAGUCCCUCAGUCCACGUUCCUCAUUGAGGGAUAUAGUCUGGAAACCUCUCCAUGGCCUUGGCUGCCUGCUGACAAAACCAGGAAGUCUGGAGCAGUUGUGGUGAAUGAGUCCCUCGCUCUGCCCUUCUCACUGUAACACCCUCCCACUCCCUCUCGUGUUCUCUUUCUCUGCUUGUAAGCGGUCUCUGGGCGUGCAGCCAGUUGGCUCGUGUGUGUUUUUUGAAUGAAUACCUGAUGAAGUUGGACGAGCAAAUGGUAGGAGGGGCCCAUAUGAGAGUGUGUGUGUGUGUGUGUAUGUGUUUGUGCAGGGCAGACAGUGUGAGAGCACUGGCUCGCAUUCAACCUCUUGCAUAAUACACGUUGGAGCUCUGCAUGCGGGACUCCCUCCCUGUGGGUGUGCGCAACUGUGUGCUACCAAUUGGUAUGUGUGCAUGUGUGUGUGUGAUCACCUGCAUGUCAGUGGAUGUGAGGGGAGCUUCCUGCCUCGCUGUUGAGAUUUAGGAGAGGGCUGCCGGCUGAGCAUGAGUGUCUGUGGUGCUUUUUGAGGGGUGAGAAAAACCAAGUGCAGUUUGUGGCACAAGUGCCCUGGGUCUACUUAGGAUUUUCCGCUUGAAGAGGGAGGGGUGGAGGGAGGCAGGGAAAGAUUUUGGUUGCUUUGCUUUGCAAAGGACACGGCAAAGCAGGAGAGGACUGGAGUCAAGGGAGCAAAAGAAUGAGAGGGGGAGAGAAAGCAUGCUGCAGAAGUGGGCUACUCCUGCUCCCCUGGCUUUCGCUCUGUGUGGGAAGACUUUCUUUUGGAGGGAAAUGAUUCCACAUGAAGUACAACGUACUCGGCCCCCCAUCAUCCUCUGCAGCAGCAGCAGGCGUAACGUUGUGACGCUCUCCCAUACCAGACUGGGCUCAGCCCUCGGCCACUAAAGAUUCCUGGACAGAUCCGGCCACCCCACUCCUCCCAUUAACCAACCUUCCAUAUCUCCAUUUCCAAUCCUAAUUUCAGUGACACACAAUGUUUGCCAGCUGUUUGGAGUAAAAUGGAGGCAGGUUUUUAAAGGUUUAUUUGCAAUUGGUCUGAAAAAGGAAUUAAGCAUUAAAAGCAAAAAGAAAGGAUUGAAGGAAAGUGACAAGGACAGUCAGAGUGAAAGUUCAAAACAAGAAAGGAAAUUGUAUUGGAUCAAUUUUAAAGAAAGAAUACAGCAAGUACAGUUGAGAGUACAAAGACGUGAAGUGAAAUCAGCAUGAAGUCCAACCAGGAACGCAGCAAUGAAUGUCUGCCCCCCAAAAAGAGGGGCACAUCAAGUACAUUACCACCUGAAAGUCGCUCUCCGGCUAUACCACCUGUUCAUGACAGGCCAGAGAACACAGCCUGCUAUGUUAGUGCAGCUGGUGGAAAUGAAAGCAAUAUUACUGCACAUCAUAGCUCCAACAAAACUGAUGGGCCCCAGUAUAAAUCCCCCUCCACCUUAUCAGACUCUUCCACCUCCUCUUCCUCUUUGAGGCUAGUAUCAUCUCUCCCCACAGUGUACACAUCCCCCCUAUCUCAAUCUACAAUUGGAGGAACAGUCCAUUAUACACAACUGCCUCCCAAUAUGCAGUUCAUCGCUUCAUCGUACACUACUCCAUAUACAAGCUACAUUUCUCCUCAGAUACUCCCACACCCUCUCCCCCCUUCCCCUCUCUCCUCCUCUUCAGCCACACAGAGACCAUCGUACACAGAGUCGUCACCUUCUCAGACGCUGGUCACCAAACAGGAGCAGCAUCGAGCGUCCUCGGGACGUACCUCCAUGCCUCCUCCUUCUACGGACCCUUUUCCCCAUCAUAUUCAAAUGUCAACGUCACCAAGGACUGUGUCAUCACCUCAUCACCAAGGAGGCACUCACCUACUGUCCCAGUCCAUGCAUCACCACCAAUCAUUGGGGAAAUAUACAGAUGGCUAUAGCAGAAAGGAGGAAGGAACCAGACCCAGAGAGCUCCAUAAUGGGGAGCUAGAAAGGGGUAGGAGAUUUGGACCCCCACCAGAGCCUUGCCUCUUAAAGUCAGGAGGUAAAUCAAGGGAGGACAGGUCCUCCUUGUCUUCCUUUGAGGCUCGUCAUCUGGUUUUGCCGUCAGACUACUCUACUCAUGAUCACCUAGGGUUAAGAACCUCUGUCAUGUUAAUACCUAAUAGCCAUGGGGACCACCAGUUGGUACCACCCAGAGCCAGCCCUGAGAAACUGACAGCUUCUACGCCCACACACCUGGAGAAAGGCAGCAUGGGUAAGCCUGUCAGUCGCCCACCCUCAUCAUCCAACACCACCUGCUCUUUCACAUUUCCACCUCCACUAAGCGCAGAUAGUCUGAAAGCGGCUGUCAGCACACUGCCGCCCCAGACUGUUAUCCAGACCACCCACAAUGCUUCAGAGCCACUGUCAAUGGGACUCCCUUCGACAAGCAUCUACCCACAGCAACCUCUUAUUGGUUACAUUACAGGGCCCAGUGGGAGCAGCUACCACACUGGCCUACAGCAACACUUGCUCAUUCCAGGCACCCAACCAGUCAUCAUCCCUGUUAGCGGAGGUGGGGUCCCCACACUAGAGCCUGUAACCUCCCACAUUACUUCAUCAACUCAAGCUGCACCUUUUCCUGCUACACUCCCUCACACAUAUAUCGCUGCCACUGCCCCAAAAGGAGAAACUGUGGAAACCCAAAGUGGCACGUUCCACGUGGCUGCUCCAGGUGCAGUGGUUCAAGCCCAGCUUCAUCUCCCCAUUGUUCCUGCUCCACCAGGGCUAGUUGCAGCUUCCACUCCUCCAGCUCAUUCAAGUACAGUGGUGUCCCCCUCACUCCCGCCAUAUUUUAUCAAGGGUUCCAUCAUCCAGCUGGCAGACGGCGAGCUGAAACGUGUGGAGGACCUAAAGACAGAGGACUUCAUCCAGAGUGCAGAGAUUAGCAGUGAGUUGAAGAUCGAUUCAUCCACAGUGGAGCGUAUAGAAGGGAGCCACACCUCACCUAACUUUGCUGUUGUUCAGUUCUCUGUUGGUGAGCAUCGCACACAGGUGAGUGUGGAGGUGUUGCUUGAGUACCCCUUCUUCGUGUUUGGCCAAGGAUGGUCUUCAUGUUGUCCAGACCGAACCACUCAGCUUCUGGAGCUGCCUUGUACAAAGCUUUCUGUGGGUGAUGUUUGUAUUUCACUUACUCUCAAAAACCUGAAGAACGGGUCUCUGAAGAAGACACAAUCUCCAGAACCAGAAAACAAUGCUUCAGUCCCUCACUCUAGCCACGGGCACCUUAAACCCCCCAGAGCCAUCUCAGAAGCAUCCCAGAGCUGCAGUGUGGGAAAUUCCAGACACAGAGAGCGCGAGAACGGGAUCAGCCAGCGGGGGAGCGGUGAUAGCGGGAGUGGGAGUGGAGGAGACUCCAGAGUGGAAAAUGGAGAUCUCACAUUUGGGGAAAGAGGAUCUGUUUCCAAAGAUCAGGUUGCCAGGAGCACAGACCCCAGCUCCAGUAAGCCGUCGGGCAGCAGAAAGCGGAGGUGGUCUGCCCCUGAGGGUCGAAAAGUAGAAAAAUCAGAAGAGGAGCCCCCUUUGACCUUGCCCAAACCUUCCUUCAUUCCUUACGACGUGAAAGUCAGCAUUGAGGGAAGGUCAAAUAUUGGCAAGUAAAAGGAAAGCAGGACUGUUAAAACAUUUGGGAUUACAAAAGAAACAAAACAGGAUUCUUCAGAAAAAGGAAUGCCCACAUUACUAUUUCAUUUGUUUAUUUUAUUUUUUCUAUCUUGAAUACUGUACUGUAGAGGUAACUGUACUCUACGGCGUAUCACCUUACAUAUUAUCAUAUGAGCAAUCGGUGCCGUUGUUGGUGAUAUUUUCAUGAGAUUCUGUAUGCUGAGGGAUUGGGGAGGAGUGCUGAACUUUGUUAUUGGUGGCUCUGUGACGCACUGGCACCAUGCUUGAUGGUUCUGCCCAGCCACAGACACUUUACACAAUAUGUAAAUUUCAAGCUGAUGCAAGCUCUCUUGGUUUUCUUGACAGCAAUUUCCUUCCGUGGGCACUUGUACCCGAGACUGCCUGGACAAAAACACUUCAACCACCGAGACUUGCCAAGUUAGCAGUAAAACAUCAGCUGAUUUUAAAGAUUAGGGAUUUGUAGCUAAAUCCUGAAUGUAAUUGUCAAAAGUAAUUGGUAUUUGGUACAAUUUAUAUCCAUCUUUUUUCUAUAAAUGCAUCAGAACAAAUCACGCAGGAGUCACCGAGUAGAGCCAGUGCGUCACGUAGUAGAGAGGGAACAACACUUACUCUGCUUACUUUAUUGACAGCAGAGUCUUUACUUUUAUCUGUAGCAUUUUCAUCUUAAUGUUUUAAUUUUGUUAACCUCUCAUCUUUUAUCUCACAAGAUAGUUGCUUUAAAUGAUUGUCAAAAAAACUAAAUCAGGGGUCAUUUAUUCCUUGAUUGAACCCUAGUUGGGUCAUUGUUGGUGUAUAAAUGUGAUACCCUAACCUGAUACAUACAAGUGCAAAACACACUGUGUUGGUGAGCAUUGCUUUAAGAAAAGAUGAUUGUGUACAAUCCCAAUUGUAUUUGAUGAAUUGCUUUGUAUUUUUGUCUGUUUAGAAGAGCUGCGUGAGAGGAACAAAGAGAGUUUUGCAUGUGAGCUCUGAGAGGGUCGGGAUGUUUCAAAUCACUCUAAACACCUGUCACACUCACCCUACAGCAAGCAGACUUUAGUUGUAUCUUUAUUCACACAGUACUGUAUGUUUUUAGAUAUUUUUUUUAUUAUUUGGAGAAAAGUAGAAAGUAGCAGCAGCACUUUGGAGAGGAGAAGCAUUUGGAAAAGCAACAGGGAGCUGAUGUGCCAUGGAAUCAUAAAGCAGUGGAUGAAUGUGACAGGUAUAGAAGAAAUUCUAGGUCAGACAUGGAUUAAACUGGUGGUGUAUUGAUGACAUUAAGUACAAAUAUAGUGAUUUACGGUGCCUUGCAAAAGUUUUGUUAUGUUUUUUUGCAUUUUGUCACAUCACAACCACAAACGUCAAUGUACUUUAGGGGGGUAUUUUAUGUAAUAGAUCAGCACAAAAGAGUGCUUAAUUGUAAAGUUGGAGUAGGUCAAUCCCAGUUGUUUUUACUAAUAAAAAUCGGAACAAUUUGUGAUGUAAUCUUUUAUAUACAGCAUAUUUUGAACGGAAUGUAAGUGUAAAAUGUCUGGUUUUCUUCCAGCUUGAUUAUGUAUUUUGUUCCAUACACUGUCUAAUAAACUCUGAUCAGCUUCCCUCACCCUGCUGAAGAAAGGCAUCCUUGCAGCAUCAUGUUGCCACCACUAUGUUUCACAGUUUGAAUGAUAUGUUUAGUGUGAUGUGCACAGCGUUUUGCAAGGAGGCCAAAAAUGUUUUGGUGCCAUCUCACGAGAGCACCUUCUUUCACCUGUUUGCUGUGUCCCCAUAGUUCGCUGCAAAUUUUUAAAAAGGACUUUGAAUACCAUUCUUUCUACAGUGACUUCCUUUUUGCCACUUUCAUACAGGCGAGGUUUAUGGAGUGAAAUUUGCAGUUUUACACAGUAAAAUCCACCUAUGUGUGAUUUACUAGUUAAUUAACAAAUGAAACUUGCACUGGGUUUUAUUUUUUGUCAUCACAAAGAGGGUGUUGAAUGCAAACCACACUUCACUCUUUACAAUUAUGUGCUACUUUGUCUAUCACGUGAAUGCAAGGCAGUGUGUGGUUUAAUGUGACAAAAUGUGUAAAAAUAGCUAUGUGGAUUCUUUUGCAAGGUACCAUGCACAAUAGUAGACAAGUAUUGGAAUGUGUUUUCAUAGUUUGGGCUGUGGGAUAAAGGUGAACAGAAAAAAACCCCAGCUUUUUAAAAUCCCAGUGAUGUUCUGUGCUAAAACAAGAGCUUAUAACUCACACCACAUCAUUUUGAAGGUCACCAUGUAUUUUGUAACGUAUGUGUGUGUGUGUGUAUGAUGCUGGUGUGUGUCUCUCCAUACACCCACACGCAGACAAAAAAACAGUACAGACCAUCCCUGAAAUCAUUGACCUUUGAUAUGUACUGUAUUUGUCAAUACAUUUUUAGAUUUCUGCAGGUGCAAGCAUACUUGGUGCACGGUGUCCCUACUGCAAAGACACCGGUGGACUGACAUUGGACUGGUGCACAGCGCUAGCAGUACUGUCAUACUGAAAGUGCUUUGUGGUGUGUUUGUGUAUGGAUGGGAAUUUAGGAGUGUGUGUGUGUUUGCGUGUACAUGUGCAUUGUGCAUAGGAAAGAGGUAGUUAUUAGAUAUAUAUUUAGGAAAUGCUUAAUGUCCAGUGUUUCUACUUGGAGUCUUUACUUACGAGAAUCUUGCAAUUUGCACAUCAGGAGGAGAGAGUUAGGUGGAGACAUGAUUUUCAGCGCCCCUGCCCUGAAACAAACUCUAGACCACAUAAAAGACACUGGAGGAAACCAGGGUUUUGUUUUUUUCUGUUCCACAAUAGGCACUUCGCCACAUUUAGAGCACAUGCUUCUACAUCAGCUCUUUAAAUGUCAGUUACAAAAAUGUAUUUAAACACAGAGCAGAAUUUAAAUGUGCCUGCCUACUGAAUUUAUUCAAAGACGGAAUAUUUCCUAGUGUCUCUCAAGGAGAUUAUUUGCCCACGGUUGAGCCCUUCGUGAUGGAGAUGGAACGUCUCAAAACAGCUGAAAGCCAUCAUCACUAAGAUGUAGCGGUUACCUCAGCAAAUGUGCUUGCCUGGUGGUUCGUAUUGAUGAAUUUUUAAAUCAGUGAUGUUAAAGGUUCAACACCAUUACACACUGGUUCUUGCAUAUAAAAGUCCUUGCAACGUUGAUUGUUUUGAAACAUAUAUAAUAAAGGAAAUUAGUUUUAAAAUUUUCUUUGUGUAAGACCCUUUAUGCCAGAUUAAGACCAUACCAUAUUAAAAUCAGCCAGUAUGUUGAUAAUUAUUGAAGGAUUUUCUUUGAUGCUUUAAGACGACAAUGUGCAAACUAUUAUGGGUAAAGUAGCAUGGGAGUUACUCAAAUGAUUUAAGCACAUUUUUGUGAUGUGGGUCCUCAGUGAAGAUGCUUUAGUUAGCAUUAGGAAUAGCUAAUCAAUGGCACAAUGCCAUCAGUUUUGCCCAUUAGUGAUUUUAAGGUUGAGUGGCCUGAUGCUAGGGCUACAACCUUAUUAUGCCCACAUUAGACAGUUAAUAAUCAAAACUGUUUGUUCUUAAGCCUUAGGAACUGCAGCUUCUAGAGCUUAAACAAGCAACCCACCAUCCCAAUAAAUAAAUGAUUUGUAAAGGCCAAACAGGUAUGUCCUCAGCUCCCUGUGGAAUAGCACACACACCUCCAAAUUGUGAGACCGUAAACAAAGUUUUUCAAGCUGCAGUUCAAAUGUUAUUUUCCAAGCUGGUAAAAGAGAUGGUCUUAAUCUGUAAUGAAGGGGACCAGACUAUAUUUCACCAUGAGAUGAAUUCUUCUGCAAGCAUAUCUGUUAUGCAUAACUGCUUCAGUUCAGCUUUCAUAUCCCAUCUCUUAAGUCAUGGCUUGUUGACAUUUAUCCCACAGGUUGUAGUUCACCUCUAAGGGGCAAUGAUGUUUCAUGUGGUGAGUGUUUGUUGGGUUGAUGGCAGAGAUGGGCGGAUCAGUCAAUGAAACAAGAUGGUAAAGGGGAGUUAACAAGAAGACCCCAAAUGAGAUUUGAAAAUGCUUUAUUUUUUUAUAAUAAAACAGGGUUUUCAGAUCAACAUCACCAUAGUAGUGCUCUUUUAUUUCUUUCCUCUCCUUCAGAAACCUAUUCAAGAGAAAUAGAAAGAGAAGUAUGUGUUCCUGUGUGCAUGUGUUUUACAAAUGUAUGUUUCUUGUUUUGUCUUUUCCCUCUUACCAAAAAGCAAGGAAAAUCAACAUUAAAACAAACCUUACCCCCAAUCCAGUCAUCCAAACUUUUGUAUUCAAAUAGGUUACACAUAAAAAAAUUGUAUACCAAAGUCUAAUUAACCUACUCUUGUUUUGGUUGGGUUAGGAAAGCAAUAGAAAACCCAUAUUCAGGCACUCUGCUCUCAUGAGUGGAACAGUCUCUGCAAUAAACAUUUAAUGAAAAUAUUCCUCCAGCAUACAGUCAAACAAAUGUCUGUCUAUUGUGAAAAUAUAUUUAGAUAAUUAUCCAUCGAUACAACUUGCUUCAACAAAACUUUUCCCCUUUAUAAAUUCUACUUUAAUAUCUUGAAGUUGCUGUUGCAAUACCAGUUGCUAGUUUUCAGGGAAGACUCGUAUAUAUGCAGUAACCUAAUUUAACUCCCCCAAACCUCUUCUUUUUUCUGCUGGUCAGUCAUUAACGCUGAUGCUGAAGCUACAGGUCAGCAUACGUCACAUGCACCUGAAGCAACCAGCGCUUUGUCUCUGCCCAGCUCUGCCUCGUUGCCACGACUACAUAGUGACCUCGUUAACUUUGUUUCAGGUACCCGAUCGCAGCCAGCCAACCUCCCAGAUACCUCCUCUUGAGGCAAAGCAAUCGUUUAACUCCGUAACAACCGUUAGCUACCUUUCAGUGUGAUCCUGUCUUCAUGUUAGCGUAAAAUGACCAUUAAAGGGGUUUUUUUAGGGGAAAAGGGGGAUGGAAAGGGUUUCUGUGGAAAGGCUAUGAUCAGUCAGUAUCCUAAAGGGUAAAGUUAAAAUAAUAAGCCAAGUUUGGAGGAAGAAUUUGAAACAGUUAAUGCAGUGUCUAGUGAGAGUGAGACCAGCUCCAAAAUGGGUUUCCAUUUCAAUGAUUUUAUAAACUUUUUAACCAUUAUCACCUUUUACACAGAUGUUGGAUAUUCACACUGAUCACAUGUUCAUCUGUGGUUCCUUACUGAAAAUGUUUCUUGAGAAAUUCACAUUGCAUAACAUAAAGUGUUCAGUGUAAUUGACCAUAGAUUUUUACACUAAAUAAAUUACUGUCUCUUGCAAGGUUGGACUUAAAACCUUCAAAUGGACCGCAAUGUUCGACUGACCAAAGAGCAACAUGGUUUCUAUUGUAAAUAACCAUUCAGGGCAAAUAUAAAAGGGGAUCAGAAGUUAUAAAAUAUGGUUCACAUGAAUUGCUGUGUAGUUCUUCAGAUUAGUUUUGAGAUGGCAAAAAUUCAUCAGAUUAAUAAUGUUGUUAUUGGGUCAUUGCUGGGGUCUGUCAAUAGCAGUUGCAUAAACCAUAUAAAAGUGGAGGCCCUCGUGCUGUUAAAAACUUUUUGUGAAAGUCUGUGGAUAAUGAUCAGGUUAUCUAGUGUUAAAUACAUAGAAAGGUGAUGCUGGUGUGUUAGUUACCAAAGGGCACAUGUCAACCUAUGGCAGUGAAACACAAGAUAGAUACUCAAAUCAUGUGACAAGUAUAUAAUUAAUUUCUUUAAUCCUUAUAGGACAACUGAAAUUGAAACUGCAACUCAGUAAAAAAAAAAAAAUUCUCUGAAUCAUCAUUUGGUUUAUUUAAUGUGAUUAUGCUUGUUAAAAUAGAUCUAUUAAACCCUUCUUUUUUGUGUUUUUAUUUUAAAAUAAUUUGUUGAGGUAUUGCUAUUAGACCCUAUUUCAGAGUGCAUGUAUUCCAAACCUCUGUCCAUCAAACUUGGGAAAGUUAUAUACUGCUCAUAUCCUCUUCACAGAACCCCACUUAAAAAAAAAAAUCUUGCCACUAAGGUUUUUAUUUUACUGAGAAAAUUCUGUCAAUUUUAGUUAAUAACACAAGUGAGCUUGGCAUGGAGAUUUGUCAUGGAUGAAGUCGAGGGAGUCGUAAAGUUCUUGUUUUGUUUAUUGAUCUGAAGUUUGCUCAUUUUUAAUCCUCUUUAAAUAUAUCAUAAUGUGCAAUACUUACAUUUUAUUUUCCCCUCUAUUACCGUGCCAAUUGUAUGUAGAGCAUUCAGAAAGCUUUUGUGUUCUAACCUCUCUCCAUGUGUGGCCCUUCUGCAAAACAACAGUAAGGAGGCUUUUUUUUUAAGCAAGAAACAAAUAAACCAUUUUUUUUGUUUUUUGUUUUAUUCCUCGUUACUCUCUUUUCCCCACACCUGUGUGGCCUUCCUCUGUUUUUGUGUAUGUCUGCAUCAUGAGUCCUGCGUGUCGUUCAAACACGUACGAGUGUGUUUUAUGUGUGUGUUUGUUGUUUUCUUCUCUAAUUGACUGUGAGAUCGUAAAACCCUGAACCUCAGUGGUUCAUGGUUGGACUCACAGAUAAGAAAAAUAACCUCAUUGAUAGUGGGGACCACUUUUUGUAAAAAGUUGGAAAAAAGAAAGAAAAGUAAAAAAAAAAAAACAACAACAAACCAACAGAGAUGCACAUGUAAGUAGAUGUAAACAAAAAAAAAAACUUGAUAAUGUUUCAGCACUUUCUAAUCCUGGGACGGGCUCGGUCUAACCCCUCUUUCUCAGACCGCGGCCCAUCCUAGGGAAAACAUUCAUUCAAAAAUACAUAGAGAGUGACAAUGGGGGGGAAAAAGGAGGAGUGUGAUUACUGAUGGGAAAGAGAGGUGGCUCAAGUUUUUUUUGCACAUCAGUUUUCUUUCUUCUUUGCAGUAACCUUGAGUUUGUCCCAUCUUCACUUGGUGCCGGCGCGUUCCUGGGUCCAACGGGCCAUGGCGCUAGGUGAUUCUGUGGCUUGUUUUUCCAUGAGGAAAACCUGUUUCUGUCUUUUUUUUGUGUGUGUGUGAGGAACAGAAAUCUUUCCCCACCCCACAGCAUCCAAGCUGGGUCAUUAUUUGUGCUUUCAUUGUGCUCCCAUGUUUUUGAGCUCUAAUUUGGCAGAGGUGUUUGACAGCUCGGUUUGGGUCGUGCGGUGUGAAAACACUGCGUCCAAACCUUCGCUUUGUUUGCAUUAUCUUUUGGUGCAGGAGCUUUUUUGUUUUGUUUCUGGUCUCCUCGUAGCACUCAGUAUAAUGUCGGGGGACUUGAAAAACUAUGUAGAGAAUGUGUCAUUGUUCAUUCUUACGACAAGCUUCCUCAGUUGAGGAACACUGCUUAUGUUUUUUUGUUGUUUUUUUUAAAUUGGCUUCUUGCACAACUCGACAAACAAAAUGAAUGUUGGUGUGUGAGCUUUGACUUUUUUAAUAAAAAAAAAAGGCAUGUGUGCUCCAUUGUUUCUUGAUGUUUGUAUUUUCAUUUUUUGCAAGAAAAAGGAUGUUUUUGGCACUUUUUUGUGUUUUAAAGUUUUAAAAGUGAAUAGAACUUUAUCAGGAUUCCUCUUUUUCCUUGUUAGUUAUGUUAGUUUUCUUUUUUCUUUUUUUUUUUUUUUUUGUCCAUAGCGCUGGAUAACCAACUCAGGCAGAAAGAUUAAAAAAAAAAAAAAAAAGUUUCACCCCAAUCAAUUUACAUAGUGGGCUGUUUAAUGUAUGUACAUUUAUCACAUAUAAUUUGAUAUUGCAGUUGAUUUUUGAUGAUUAACAAAUGUCAUAACUGAAAGUAAACUAUAAAUUAUUACUCUGAUAUUCUGUGUAAAAUGCUGGAGAUGCCUUGGAUUUCUCUUCAGUGUACUAAACGUCUGCGCACAGCGACAAACUCUUAGAACUGUUUGCCUCUGACCUUCCCCACUGCCAUGGAGGGGAUGGAGGCCAUACGUCAGUCGAUUCCUUCCCCUGGUCUGAACACUCAGCCUUGAGGCUCGCCACUGGUCUGUCUAGCUAUCACUCUGCGAACCUGGUACAUCGAGUACUAAACUGAAACUCUAUACAGGCCGAUGAGGUGGGGGCAGAGACCCCUACAUCAGCACAGUCCGGCACAGACAGCCUGUCCUGUGGUGGGCCACAGAAAAUCCCAGCCAACUUGUUCGUACUAUAUUGUACUCACUCAAGUCUCCGUGUGUCACCACCCUUAUCCUCUAUAGCAAAUGGAGAAAAAAAAAACCUGUUGGUGUAUGUAUUUGACAUCUGUAUAAAUGCACCUCUUUGAAAAGGAAAAUGAAACCUUGACAUAUCUGGACUAAACUGACAACUUGUGUCUUUAUUUAAGAGCGACACACUGAUGCACAUAAACACUGCACUUAAA